AAUAGGACACUUCUCAAAAUCUUACAACCCAAUCUUCAAUCUUACACAUAACUUAGACCACAAAUAAUGGAUUUCCUUUCUCUUCCAACAGUAAUGCUUGUAGCUUCCGCCUUGGUCCUUGUCUACAACAUAUGGAGGAUUAUGAACAAAACAAGUGAGAAGCAAUUGCAAGCACCAGAACUACCUGGUGCGUUCCCAUUAAUAGGUCACCUCCAUUUACUAGGAACCAAAACUCCACUCGCAAGAACCUUCGCUUCUUUCUCCGAUAAGUACGGUCCCAUAUUCCGAAUCCGUCUGGGAUCAUACCCUGCUAUUGUGAUCUCCAACAAAGAUGGAAUCAAAGAAUGUUUCACCAUAAAUGACAAAGCUCUUGCCUCGCGCCCCAAGUCUAGCCAGGGAGUAUACAUUGGCUAUAACUACGCAGGUUUUGGGUUCGCUCCUUAUGGCUCCUUCUUUAUAAAACACAAGAAGCUAGCGACGCUUGAACUACUCUCGUCUCGCCGCGUCGAAUUAUCGAGGUAUGUAUAUGAAUCCGAGAUUGAUACUUUGAUCAAGGAUCUGUUAUUGUAUUCUGCAGAAAAUUCGCCAGUUAAAGUAGUUGUUAUUAGUGAAUGGUUGGAACGGUUAAGUUUCAACAUAAUCACAAAGAUGAUAGCGGGAAAAAAGUACUUUAGUUUCUUGCAAGAUGUGGACGAUGUUGAAGCACAUAGAGUUGUGAAGCUUAUAAGAGAAGCUUUGCAUUUAUCUGGAGGGGGUUUUGUUCCUUCGGAUGUGAUCCCUAUAAUUCAAUGGUUUGGUAUAGAAGGGAAAGUUCUUAAAUCCAUGAAGAGAAUCGCAAAAGAUUUGGACACACUUUUGGGAAGCUGGGUUGAAGAGCAUAGGAUGAAGGGUAAUAAGGUAAAUAGCUCAAGCGAGAAGCAAGAUUUCAUUGAUGUCAUGCUUUCCGUUGUUGAAGAUGAUCCUGAUUCUGGCCAUACACGUGACACCAUCAUUAAAGCUCAAAUUAUGGGUAUCUUGUUGGCAGGGACAGACACAACGUCCUCAACAAUGAUAUGGAUGCUAGCUUUAUUGUUGAAGAACAAACAUGCCUUGAAGCGCGCACAAGAGGAAAUUAAUGUUCAUGUAGGUAGCUUGAGAAAAGUAGAGGCAUAUGAUAUGAAAAAUCUUGUUUAUUUACAAGCAAUUUUCAAAGAAACUCUAAGGUUAUAUCCGGGUGGACCUCUACUAUUACCCCAUGAAGCAAGAGAAGAUUGUUACAUUAAUGGCUAUUACGUGCCAAAAGGGACACGUGUCUUUGGAAAUGUGUGGAAGCUACAUAGAGAUCCAAGUAUUUGGUCAGAGCCAGAGAAGUUUUCACCAGAGAGGUUUAUUAAUGGGAAUGGAGAAGUUGAUGAAGAUCACCAUUUUGAAUACCUUCCAUUUGGGUUAGGUAGAAGAGUUUGCCCCGGAACCUCUUUGGCAACACAAGUGAGCCUCAUCACACUUGCACGUUUCCUUCAAGCAUUUCACUUUCAUUCUCCCAUGGAUGAACCUCUUGACAUGAGAGAAGGCUUGGGCCUAACCUUGCCCAAGCUGACUCCACUAAAAAUUAUUCUAAGCCCACAAGUAUCUUGUGAACUUUAUCCCUGAAGUAAUAUCUUUCUAUUACCUGAUAAAAAUAUAAAAUGAAAUAUUAAAAUUACUCAAGAGAGAUUAUGUUGCUACAAAAUUAUUUAUGUAAUAACGAAAAAGUUUUAAAGUAAUCCCACAAAGGUUGUUUUUCUUUGACAUAAAUAAUUUUUGUUAGCAACAUAAUGUCGCAUAAAUAAUUUUAAAAAAUGUUAUUUAUACAUUAAAAUCAACUAUUAAA